AUGUCUGCCGGCCCUCCCCUCGGUCAACCUUGGUGCGCAAACGUUGGAAGCAACCCCAACAUCAACCGCGACCCUCCACCUCCGCCCCUCAACGUCGUCCAAGGCAGCGCACCCGCCCCAGCUGCAGCAGGCGGUCAAGUCGUUGUUGAACAUCAGCAGGCACCCAUCUACGGACCUCCAGUACCCAUCGGCAUCGCUCCUCCCGUUGGUAUCGUAUCUCCAUACGGCGCAGGCAUCGGCUUAGGUAUGCUUCCACCCGUGCCUUUUAUGGACCCCUUCAUGUAUGGAGGUGGGGGUCCAUUGGCUCCGAUUCGCUCUGGUAACUUCAUUCCUGGUGCUCACGGCGGAAUAGGUUUCGGUCUUCACGCAGCUGGAGGCAUGCCAUUCCCACCACCUCCUCCCGGAGCUCUCGCAACCGGUGUCGUGCCCGCCUUCGCGCCCGCUGCGCCCCUCUGGUCUGGUAGCGGUGGCCUCGCAUUCGGCAACGUCCCCGCCGUCGUAGGCGGCAUGAUGGGUGGCAUGAUGGGCGGCAUGAUGGGCGGCAUAAUCCCUCCAGUGAUGCCCGGCAUCGGUCUCCCCGGCUAUCGACCCCCGCCUGUAGCCAUCGACGGUAACGGCGGCGCACCUCCACAGCCCGAGCAAGGUGACGUGACCCAAAUUCCCGGCGGCGUGCCUCCCGGCGUGACCCACGUCGAGUCGUCCGAGCACACGCUCUUCAUCCACAUCAAAGGCAAUGUAUGUCCCUGGCUGUCUCCAGGGGCUCAGUUCGUGACUGAGAUGUUCAACAUAUCGAGCUCCACGGGCCUGAAUCGCCUGAUUCAGGUUUGCAACAAUAACGCAAGUGCGGAUGACUGUGAGAACAUGGCGAUCACGGAGUGCAUUGAGUUGGGGAAUGGGAUGUGGGAGAAGGGACAGACGUUUAAGUAUGGUGAUGCUGUGGCGAGGGUACUGACAAUGAAGGAUGCCGGCUGGGACAAUAAGAGGAAUAGGACUGGAGGUCAGAGUCUGCAUAUCUGGCUUCAUAGGAUCUAGCGGUGCAUGUGCUUGUCAGUGCCGAGCACGACUUUUGGUCGGAGGACCUCACAAGAAAGACGGGUUGGCUGUUUUCGUUCAUUGGGCUAAUCGUUGUUGUACAUAGAUCCACACUUCAAUCAACGAUUCAGAACCCUUAGUUCGUCUCCAUACUUGCCUGUGC